CCUCUUCCUCUUCUCGCCCCGUGUCUCUUUGCCAGUGCUGGCGGAAGACUGGACUCGUGUCCACAUGGAGGACGAGCUCUUCAGGAGCCUGUUUGGAGGCUACAGAAAGUGGACGCGUCCGGCGCAAAACAUCAGCGACGUGGUCAUCGUCAAGUUUGGCCUCUCCAUUGCACAGCUGAUCGACGUGGAUGAGAAAAAUCAGAUGAUGACGACCAACGUGUGGCUCAAACAGGAAUGGACGGACUAUAAACUGCAGUGGAAUCCGUCUGACUUUGACAAUGUGACGUCCAUCAGAGUUCCCUCUCAGCUCAUCUGGGUGCCGGACAUUGUGCUGUACAACAAUGCCGACGGAGAGUUCGCCGUCACCCACAUGACCAAGGCCCAGCUCUUUCACACGGGCCGUGUCCUCUGGGUGCCCCCGGCCAUCUACAGGUCGUCCUGCUCCAUCGACGUCACCUUCUUCCCCUUUGACCAGCAGAGCUGCAAGAUGAAGUUCGGCUCCUGGACUUACGACCGGGCCAAGAUCGACCUGGAGCCCUUCGAGAACACCGUGGACCUGAAGGAUUACUGGGAGAGCGGAGAGUGGGCUAUUGUCAACGCCGUGGGCACCUACAACACCAAGAAAUACGACUGCUGCCAUGAGAUCUACCCCGACAUCACCUACUACUUCGUCAUCCGCCGCCUGCCGCUGUUCUACACCAUCAACCUCAUCAUCCCCUGCCUGCUCAUCUCCUGCCUGACCGUACUGGUUUUCUACCUGCCGUCCGACUGCGGCGAGAAAAUCACCCUGUGCAUCUCCGUGCUGCUGUCGCUCACCGUCUUCCUGCUGCUCAUCACCGAGAUCAUCCCGUCCACGUCGCUGGUCAUCCCGCUGAUCGGGGAGUACCUGCUCUUCACCAUGAUUUUCGUCACUCUCUCCAUCGUCAUCACCGUGUUCGUGCUGAACGUCCACCACCGGUCGUCGGCGACUCACACCAUGCCCCGAUGGGUCCGGAGGCUUUUCCUCUCGGCGGUGCCACGCUGGCUGUGCAUGAAGCGGCCACAUCAUGCUCUGCGGCCUGUCAGGCGGCGCUGCCUUAUCGAUGAACUCCUCCCUGUCCUUGCUCCUGUCCCUUCCCAUGGCACGUCCACCUGGAUCACCGAGGAGUCGGACAUCGAUCUUCACGGUUACCAGGAUGGCAGCCACCAGCUGAACUCCUUCGACACCGGAGAUGAAAUACACUACUGUGAUCUUCACGGUUACCUGACCACAGAUAACUUGGCAAGGUUGGGGGUGAAGAUCGCCGGCCGUGCGAGGACUUCCUCCCUCUCCCCUCCUUCCCCUCCAUCUCUCUGUUACACCCUGCUCCCACAGAGACGCUCCAUGGUCAGCUUGGACUGGGACGCCCCUCCCGCUGAGUGCGGUUCCAUCCAGAGCCCGUCGGCUUCUGUUCUGUCUCCUGCGGUGGUAUCGGCCCUGGAGGGGGUCACCUACAUCGCGGAGCAUCUGAGAGCAGAGGAUGCAGACUUUUCGGUAAAGGAGGACUGGAAGUAUGUAGCCAUGGUUGUAGACCGGAUCUUCCUGUGGAUGUUCAUCAUCGUGUGCCUGCUGGGGACAGUCGGGCUCUUCCUGCCUCCGUGGCUCUCUGGGAUGAUUUAGAUCCGCACCUGAUAUCAAAAGAAUGAAUACAACUAUAAAUGAAUCACUUAUUCAGAGAAUGUGGACUGUAAUGUUUUAAGUCUGGAAACCAAAAUU